GUCUCGCGGGACGAAAACAAAACAAAAAUGGCGACCUCAAAUAUGGACAAAUUUGAUGAUUUAUUUUUUGGUAUUCUUCAAAAUUGCGAACAAAUUGAACCUUUUCUUGAUGUUGUGUUUAGUUUCCUUGCUAGAAGGACAGAUUUCUUACGUGUAAUGCACAACAAGACUGACAAAAUGGGCUUUCCUCCUGGAGUGGCAGAAAAAAUGUUACUGAAGGUAGACUCGUGUUACAAAAUGUCAAAGUAUAUGAAAUGGUCUACAUAUUACAGUUUCUCGUUAAUUUUUACGUAAUAUGUAGUUGUCAAGACUAAGCUUAUUAACCCAUUGACCGCCAGUGGCAGUGCUCUCUCCUUGACGAAUAAAAUCAUCUGGUUUUACUAAAUUAGACAAAAUCUUCACUCAGCAAGUACCCUAAACAGAUAUAGUCCCCCUCCUGGAAAUAUCAAAAUGGCACUGUGUGGGAGAAAGUCAUGGAUAUUUCCAGGGGGUGACUACUUCUGUUUAGGGAACUUGCCGAGUGACAAAUCAUGACAAAUAGCGCUCAUAUGCAAAAAACAAUGGAGAUGUCCUUCUGUGUAGUAUUCUGUGUUAAUGGGGGUUAACCCAUUGGGUACCAGCGCAUUGUUCUUUCUUACCCCAAGUUACUCAUCUCUUGCAGAAAUUCGGAAACAAUUGCAUACAAAUAUGGUAUAUACUUUACCUGAUAGAUUUUUAAGAAAUAUCAAGGUCUUGUCCUGCAAAGUGAACAAACUUCUAAAGAAAAGAAAAAGUCAAGCAAUAAACAGUCUGCCGUGUCUGAUGUGCCGCCUCCCGCAACCUCAACUAUCGACGUUCAAACAAGCAAUGAAACACCUCAAAACACUUCAGCAAAAGAAAGGUAUUGCAUGUUGGACAGUUCACAAUCUGCAGUUAUCUUAUUGUCAUCCCUACCUACACUGGCACAGAUCGUUCAAGGCUUUGGCAAUUAAAUGGAGUAACAUGCUGAAGUAGGAUGCUUUAGGGCAUAUUGCGGCUCAAUUGGUUGACAUAAGAUAUGGGGAGACCAUAUCUAUUAUAUCUGUGGGGGAGACUGGUAAAAAUACCUGUUUACACCCAGUCUGUACCAGUGUAGGUAGCCACAAUAUUAAGACAGCUGUUGAUUGACAGAGAUGCAUUAGAAAUCAGAAGGAAAAAAUAGUGCUACAACAUUGUGAUGAAGGGUCUUCACCUAAGACGUCAAAGUUCUGUGUAUAUUUUUCAGGUUGUUGUAUCUCUGUCAAUCUGCAAGCAGUUCUGUUCAUGCCCAACGUACGGUGUUUGGUGAAGGCAAAUUGGAAGAACUCUUGUCACAUGUAACGGUGGUGAAAUUAUAAUCACACAAUUGCAUAUGGCACAAAUCAAACUCAGGCAAAACAUACAUGUUUGAAUCACCAACACUCUAUUCUAAUCUAUGUAUCUUCAGUGAAACUUCCAGUGAAAACACACAGCCUGAAGCUCAAGAGCCAUCAAAGGCAGCAGAAUGUUUUAAUGGUGCAAUGUUGGAGAAGUACAUGUGGUCUCAGACUGGCAGUGAUGUGGAUGUACGAGUCCCUGUGGCUAGUAACGUGAAAGGCAAAGAUUUUUGUGUAGAAAUAAAAGACAAAUUUCUCAAAGUUGCUUUAAAAAACACACCAGGUAGAUGAGAACUAAAUGUUUCAUUACAGAUGUAGUCUAAAGUUUUGUACAUGGAAAUUUUGACUGUGAAUUUUAUACAUUUAUAUAUAUUAGCUUAAGUUUUCUGGUUUACGAAACACAAACAGUGCUCAAUACCUUAUAGAUAGAGCGUAAUAUAGUUUUUCGUUUUACCUCAAAAUAGCACAACAGUCUGUUUCAUCUGAUGAUUCCUAUACAGAUGAAACAGACUGUUGUGUAUAUAUAUUAUAUAUAUAUAUAUACACAUAUACUACGGUGAUGCUAGUGUGAGGUGUAUGGAUGUUUUGUAGAUGCCCAAAAUCCUUCUAAAGUUUUGUGUUGGUAUGGUUUCAAUUGAAAUUGGAAAGCUGCAACUUAAUUUUCUUCAAUCUUAACAGAACCCAAAGUGUUCAUUGAGGGAGAACUGCAAUGGAAGGUGCACGCAGAUGAAUCAAUGUGGACGCUGAUUCCUGGCGAACAUCUUCACAUAUCACUGGAUAAAGUCGAGGACAGAUGGUGGACAUGCGUUAUUAAAGGGGACAAGGAAAUAGACAAGAGUAAAAUUGAUACAACACGAAAUAUCUCAGAAUUUGAUGAACAAACUCAGAAUGAUUAUGAACGAGUUAUGUUUGAUCACCAACAGAAAAUGAUGGGGAAACCAACCAGUCAGGAAAUGGUAUGGUUAUUACUUGAAGGUGGACUUCAUUGAUCUGAUUACAACCCGCACACCCGAUUACCUAUAUAUACAUGAACUUACGGUUAUAGCUCAACAGCUGGCCUCUGUAGCUCAGUUGGUUAGAGUGCUGCACCGGAAUCGCAGGGCCGUAGGUUCAAUUCCUACCAGAGGACCUUGUGCUGCAUUUUUCACAGUCGUUCCUGGUCAGGUCUUAAAGUACUAUUUAAAAAACGAGCAGGAGUGUUUUAUUAGGUUUAAAGGCACGAGCGUGCAGCGCGAGUGGCUUUAGACCUAAUAAAACACAACCUGCGAGUUUUUUAAAUGGCUUCAAAAACGUUUGCAUAAUAAGUCAAAUCUUUAUAUAAAAAUCUUUAUAUAAAAAUCUUUAUAUAGUUUGCAUAACAAUGGUCUUUUGUUAAAGUGUUCUUUAGCUGGUAUAAAGACGUAUGCACGCGACUAAUUUCUUACUCAAGAUUGGAUAAUUGCUUCAUGAAUUAUUAAUGAGUUUUUGAAGUGUAUAUAUACUCACUUGAAUUACAAACCCUUAAAAACAGCAUUCUAUUAUUACUUGAAGGGUGUUUUUGAUGGAAAUUAUCAAGUGGAAAUUUACGUACACUUUAUUAGACCUAACAGUUGGUUAGAGUGCUGCACCAACUUUUUCAUAAAAUUUCUUACCAUAUUUUUUCUUGUCUUAGAAAACUCAUGAAAUGUUGAAGAAAGCGUGGGAUGCUCCAAACUCGCCAUUUGCAGGCACGCCAUUUGAUCCUUCACAAGUUAAUAUCUCAGGAAAUUUCUCAUGAUGAUUUUAAUGAUGCUAAUAAAUAUAGCUUAUAUAAUAUACUCAGUUACCAAGAAUUUACAUUAUUUAAAUACAAACUAUUAAGUUUAAAAACUUGAGUAUGAUAAGUAUUUUACUCUGUUUAAUUAAUGAGUUAAGUGUUCAAAUAGUUUACAAAUCUGUACAAAAUGAAAAAACUUAUAACUCAAUUAUACUUAGUACAAUAAGUUCAAAUUAAGGGCUUUGACAAAUAGAUUUCAUCCAUGAUUGCAGAGUUAUUAUGCAGUUGAGUCUACCAUGAGCAAGGGUGCUGUACUUUAUCACAAGAGCAGUCAGUCACAAAUUCUUUGCUACCCCAGCUAUUCUGCAGAAGUCUAUAAAGGCAGUUUUCCACUUCACCCAUAUUGUACCAAAACAUACUGGUGUGAGUAUGCGCAGAUUGAAAAGAGGUUUAUAAAAUGAAAAGAGGUUUAUAAAAUGAAAAGUUUGUUGCAAGUCAACUUUUUGCCAUACUACGGAAGUACUAACCAAUCAACAGGACUUCACAAAAUUUUGAAGUUUAAAAACGUUUUUGAUACAUUUCGGUAUGGUACGCUUGAAGUGGAAAAUCGGUUUAAAAUUAAGUAUGGAAUGAAAUCUAUUUAUUGACAGCUUUCAAUCGAUUUAAAACCUGCUGACUUCUUCCUCAAUUCUUUGUCUUGCAAAUGUUAUCAAUUCCUCUCUCUUAAUGUGUUUUGUAUUCCCAAUAUAAAUAUGAUGAAAAUCUCGAAAGCCGAUAAAUCCAAAAAUAGCUUUUAAAUAUGGUACUUGAAAAUCCAGCGAUUUCAUUGGCUCGUUAGUAAAGUCUGACGAUGACGAAGUAACUAGGAGUAAUGGACGUCCAGUAACGAGCCCUUCUGGUCCGUUAGCGGUGUCAGAAAAUGUUAAAUCAGACUGUACGACACAGUCAAUGUAUUGUUUGAGUACAUAGGGCACACUAUAGUUCCACAUAGGACAGCUGAUUACAACCUUGUUGGCAGCUAAAAGUUGAGAAGUCAUUUCUUUCACUGCUACAAGUUUUAGUUUAUCCUCUGGGCUGUCUUGACCGGAUGCAAUUCUCAUUUUACUCUCAACAUGAGAUAAACUAAAGCUUAGUAAUUUCUUAUCCCAGAGAUGAAUUUCUUCAAUCACGUGCCCCGAGUGAAGUGCUCUAUAUUUCGCAAGAAAUUCAUUUGCAAUUUGACCGGUAAACGACCGAUUAUCAGAACCAGAACUAUUCAAAUAAAGUACCUUACAUAAAUCAUCUUUCACAUCACUUGAAUGACUUCUACACAAUCUUGCACCUUUAUCUCGUCUGCCUGACAGCCAAAACCAUGAUAAAAUUGUCCUUUUGUAAGUUGAAAGUUGAAAUUUGGAGCAAAGUCCAAAAGCCAUCUUUGAUUUUUUUGAGAAUGUCGCGCGAAAAUCCCCACGCGAGAGCUACACUGAUCUCAAACGAAACCACUGGAUGGUUUGGAUUAUCGAAAGUUGACAGGGAAAGGGUUAGGGCAGUUGAAAAAUUGUUUGUGUUCAUUUUGAAGGCACACAUUCGCAUUGAAUACAUAGUCUUGAGGAAACAUAAUUAUCUAAUCACAGCAGAACGAGCCCUCACUGGGGUGUGAGGUCUAGGGGAUGUUUGUGGAUUGGAAGGACCAGCAGGUGGCUUUGGUGGACUCUGUGGUGAUGUCUGAGACUGCU